AUGUGUCCUAAGCUGAAGAUUGUUCGCAUGGCACCAUCACACAUUUCACUCUACUCUUCAGACUCUCCACACUCUCCACACUCUUCAGAGUCUCCAGACUCUUCAGACUCUCCACACUCUCCACACUCUUCAGAGUCUCCAGACUCUUCAGAGUCUCCAGACUCUUCAGAGUCUCCAGACUCUUCAGAUUCUCCAGACUCUUCAGACUCUCAAGACUCUUCAGACUCUCCACACUCUCCAGACUCUUCAGAGUCUCCAGACUCUUCAGAGUCUCCAGACUCUUCAGACUCUCAAGACUCUUCAGACUAUUCAGACUCUCAAGACUCUUCAGACUCUCCAGAUUCACCAGACUCUUCAUCGCUCCAGACUCUUCAGACUCUCCAGACUCUUCAGACUCUCCAGACUGUCCACACUAUUCAGAUUCUCCUGACUCUCCUGACUCUCCAAACACUUCAGACUCUCCGGACUCUCCAGACUUUUCAGACUCUCCAGACUCUUCACUCUCCAGACUCUUCAGACUCUCCAGACUCUCCAGAUUCUCCAGACUCUUUAAUCUCUCCAGACUCUUCAGACUCUUUAAACUCUCCUGACUCUUCAGACUGUUCAGACUCUCCAGACUCUCCAGACUCUCCAGACUCCUUAGACUCUCCAGACUCUUCAGACUCCCCAGACUCUCCAGAUUCUUCAGACUCUCCAGACUCUCCAGACUCUUUACACUCUCCAAACUCUUCAGACUAUCCAGACUCUCCAGACUCUUCAGACUCUCCAGACUCUUCAGACUCUCCAGACUCUUCAAACUCUCCAAACUCUCCAGACUCUUCAGACUCUCCAGACUCUUCAAAAUCUUCAGACUCUCCUGACUUUACAGACUCUCCAAACUCUCCACACUCUCCAGAUUCUUCAGACUCUUCAGACUCUCCAGACUCUCGAGACUUUUCAGACUCUCCAGACUCUUCAGAGUCUCCAGACUCUACAGACUCUCCACACUCUCCAGAUUCUUCAGACUUUCCAGACUCUCCAGACUCUCCAGACUCUUCAAACUCUCCAGACUUUUCAAACACUUCAGACUCUCCAGACUCUCCAGACUCUUCAGACUCUCAAGACUCUCCAGACUCUUCAGACUCUCCAGACGCUUCAGUCUUUCCAGACUCUCCAGACGCUUCAGACUCUCCAGACUCUUCAGUCUUUCCAGACUCUCCAGACGCUUCAGACUCUUCAGACUCUCCAGACCCUCUAGACUCUUCUGACCCUCCAGACUCUUUAGACUCUCUUAACUCUUUAAAUUUUCAAGACUCUCCAGACUCUCGAGACUCUUUAAACUCUCCGAAUUCUCCAGAAUCUUCAGUCCCUCCAGACUCUUUAAACUUUCCAGACUCUUCAGACUCUUCAGAUUCUCCAGACUCUUUAGACUCUCCAGACUCUUCAGACUCUCUAGACACUUCAGACUCUCCAGACUCUCUAGACUCUCCUGACACUUCAAGCCCUUUAAACUCUAAUGACUCUCCAGACUCUUCACACUCUCCAGACUCUCCAGACUCUUCAGACUCUUCAGACUCUCCAGACCCUCCAGACUCUUCAGACUCUACAGACUCACCACACCUUCCAGACUCCUUAGACUCUUCAGACUAG